CAUUAGCCUCGCGAUUGUCAACAAAAACAUUCCUCCAAUUGACCUUCCAACUCGUCAUUAUGGCGCCAUCCGAGAAACAGAUCAUCGCUGAGAUCCAUACGGUCAUUGAACGGAUCUAUGCUGAUCCUUCAAGCCGCGAGAACCUCACGGUACGAGUUGUUCGAGAAACUGUGGAGCCGAAACUCGGCCUCGAAAAGGGAUUCCUCACACAAGCAGAAUGGAAAGAAAAGAGCAAGAAGAUUAUUAAAGAAUACGCGGAAGAAUUGAUUGACAAGCAAGAAGCUGAAUCAGACGCUGCUUCAAAGACGAUCCAGGUCAACCCAAAAGCCGAGAAGAAACCUACCCCAACUCCUACGCCUACGAAAGAAGCUCCCACGAAGAAAAUUACAAAACGAGGUGCUCAAGAAUCGAAGGCCCCACCGCGGAAACGACAGAAGAAAGAAGCAACCCCAUCCGAAGAGGAAUUGAGUGAUCUCAGCGAACCCUCUCCAGAAGAGAGCGAAGUAUCCGAGUCCGAGUUUGAUGAAGAUAGCGAUGAGCCGAAGCGCAAGAGAAAUUCGAAAUCCAAAUCAAAGACUCCUGUCAAACGCGGAAGCAAGAAGAAGGCGGAUACAGAGUCGGACGAGGAGGAAGAAGAUGAGGACCCCAGCGACGAGACUGAGCUGAGUGACAGCGAUGACUCAACCGCCAAGAGGAAAUCUAGACCUAAUCCCAAUGCGAAGGCAAAGGCUCCUGCGACGCGUCAAGCGCCUGCCAAACGCCAAUCGAAGAGUAAAACCAAAGUAGAAUCCUCAGAUGAAGAGAAGGAGGAAGAUAAUUCUCCAAAGAAGAAAGCUCCCGCCAAACGGCAAUCGAAAAGCAAGGCCAAAUUAGAAUCAUCUGAGGACGAGGAGGAAGAAGAAGCCUCCCCCAAGAAAGCAACACCCAGGAAAGCGCCCACUAAAAAGGAAACUCCAAAGAAAGCUACCCCGUUCAAAGGGGAGCCCUCUCCUGCCGUCUCUCCACCCAAGAAAGCAGUAACCAAGAAAGUCGGUUCAGACUCGGAAGACAUACCCAAGCCCGCACCAGACGCAGGCUCCGAGUCAGAAAUGUCCAUCGUUCUCGACGAGGAACCCAAACCCAAACGCAAGCGUCGCUCGAAAUCCGACAUGGCGGCGGAUCCCAAGGAGGCCAAGAUAAAAUCCUCUUCCAAUAAACCCGGCCGCCCCAAAUCCUCAUCCGGCUCGGCCAAAGCCCCCAAAGACCUUACGGCCGACGAAGCCAGCAUAAAAACCCUCCAAUCGCAACUCAAAAAGUGCGGCGUGAACAAAAUCUGGCAGUUUGAGCUGAAGCAAUAUGGCGACGAUAGCAAAGAGAAGAUUAAGCAUCUGCAGAGGGUGCUGAAGGAGAUUGGGAUGAGCGGGCGCUUUAGCGAGGCGAGGGCGAGGGAGAUCAAGGAGAUGAGGGAGCUGCAGGCGGAUUUGGAGGCUGUGAAGGAGGGGGAGAAGAGCUGGGGCUUGGGUGGGGGGAAGAGGGCUAGUCGGGCGGCGGUGAAGGCGAAGAGUUUUAGGGAGAGUAGUGGGAGUGGGGUGGAUGAUGGGGACCAGGGUAUGGUGAAGAAAGGCAAGAAGGAGGAGAGUGCGGAUGAGGGGAAGAAAUCAGAGAGCGAGGACGAGCAGCCUGUCCUGCGGAGACCUAGCGCUCGCGCAGAUUUGGCGUUCUUGGAUGAUGAAGAGGAGAGUGAUUGAGUACGAGUGAAGUGUGUCCUGGAUAUGAGGUGACGUGUGUAUCAGUAUAACAGACUUGGAGCAACGAAAAGUCACGAGAUUUACGC